CUCUAAGCUAUCUAGGGUGACUUGUCAAUCAAAUUUGUUACCAUAGCAAAAAGGCCGUGCUUAAAAAUGCAGCGACCAAUUGGACGUGAGCGCUCGCUAUGUCGCUAUGGUGACUAGGUUGUUCCCGGUGAGGCUGUGAUGGGUUGACAGGUGCGUGACAAUCGGAGCUCUCUGUAAGCAUGUACGCCAAAGGCAAGAGUAACAGUGUACCGUCCGACAGCCAGGCCAGAGAAAAGUUAGCACUGUAUGUUUAUGAGUAUCUACUCCACGUGGGAGCACAGAAAUCUGCACAGACAUUUCUCUCUGAGAUACGAUGGGAAAAGAACAUAACGUUAGGAGAGCCUCCAGGAUUCCUGCAUUCAUGGUGGUGUGUCUUCUGGGAUCUUUACUGUGCAGCACCAGAAAGACGAGAAACCUGUGAACAUUCAAGUGAAGCAAAAGCUUUUCAUGAUUACAGUGCUGCUGCAGCACCCAGUCCAGUGCUUGGAAACAUUCCAUCAGGAGAUGGUAUGUCAGUGGGGCCAGUUCCUCCAGGCUUCUUCCAGCCAUUUAUGUCACCUCGAUAUCCUGGAGGUCCACGACCAUCUCUCAGAAUACCCAAUCAGGGACUUGGAGCUGUAGCAGGAAGUCAGACAUUACUUUCUAGUGGAAUGGAUCCUACAAGACAGCAAGGACAUCCAAACAUGGGAGGACCAAUGCAACGAAUGACUCCGCCACGAGGGAUGGUUCCCCUAGGACCACAGUCUGAUCCUUGGUUAUCAUUGCAGAGUUACGGAAGUGUAAUGAGGCCCCCAAUGAACGCUGGAAUUCCUGGAAUGCCUGGAAUGAACAUGGGUCCAGGAGGCAACAGGCCAUGGCCAAAUCCAUCUAAUGCCAACUCUAUACCAUACUCAUCAGCGUCUCCUGGGAAUUAUGUGGGUCAGCCUGGCAGUGGAGGCCCACCAGGAACACCCAUAAUGCCCAGUCCGGCAGAAUCAACCAACUCUGGAGAUAACAUGUAUACAUUGAUGAAUACAGUACCUUCUGGAGGCAGUAGGACCAAUUUCCCAAUUGGUCCUGGGUCAGAUGGCCCAAUGAGUGGGAUGGGAGCCAUGGAACCGCAUCAUAUGAAUGGGUCAUUAGGUUCAGGAGAUCUAGACAGUAUUUCAAAGAACUCUCCUAGCAACUUGAGUCUAAGUAAUCAGCCUGGGACUCCAAGGGAUGAUGGAGAAAUGGGCGGUAAUUUUCUGAACCCUUUCCAGAAUGAAAGUUACUCUCCAAGCAUGACAAUGAGUGUGUGAUCAUUUGCUGUUUUCAUCAAACUUUCAGACAGACCUCUUCAAAGAGCCACCUCUGGAAUGGAAUAUUAUUACAGUGCAGAGUAAACAAAAGACAGGAUGAAAAACCAAAUCUACUUUCCCUUUUUCUGGGAAAAGAUGUCCCUUAUUUUAUUGAUUAAUAUAGCUGUAAAAAUGGAACUGAAUUCAGAAAUUGCCCUGAACUGAAUUGCAGUCAGUUGUGUUUGUACAUAUCUUCAUAGGGCACUGUGAGAAAUAAAUUCCAAUCAGAAAAUGUAGAAAGUUUUUAUUGCUUUUUUUUGCAUUUACAUUUUAAUGAAUGUGAUUAUACUUUGUUUUCCUAAAAUAAAAGUGUCUGCGGUAUACAUAUAUGUCAACACUUACUAAUUUAUCUGUUCAAGCCAGUUUCAUAACAAAGUUUAAUUUGUUGUAAAAUUGUACAGUUGUGGAUGAAAUGAAACUCUUGAGGGGUCAUAUACCAAAUAUUUCAUAUUUUCUCCUAUGUCAAGAACUACAAGAAAUGGAAGAAAAUCCAUAGAAACAGAAGAAAUGCAAGACUUAUUUUCUUAACAGCUUUUCUUGUUCUUUUUUUGUGCCUUCAGUAGUACAAAACAUUUUCAGCUUUUAUUUAAUACCGAGCGAUCAAAUUCCUCUCGUUACCCAAAUUAAAAUGCCAAACUCCUUGACUUAAUGUGUUAACCUACAUAUUUUAAAGCAGCUAUUGCAAAUCACAAUACUUGUCACACAUCAGUUUGCCAAAUUUGUGCACCUUUUGUUUAUUUUAUUACUCUCACAAGUUAAUUUGUGAGUAAGUGGAGUAUUGUUGAUUGCUGCCUUUUUAAGAGAUUGCAUUUGGCAUGUUUACUGUGGAGAAGCUCUUGUUUGUCUUUAAUUAUACACAUACACUGUAAUGUUAUAGUGAGCUUUGCUUUCGGGUCAAAAACUUUCAUUAUUGUUGUGACUCAUUCAUUUAUAGAUUUGUUUUUUACAGUUCCAUUUUGGUAAUUGCACAUUUCUUUAAAUGACUUGUACACUAUGAUUUUUUACUUUACGUAGUUUGAGAACUGCUGCUUGAAGUAAGUACAAAAAAAUUACUGGGAUCUGCUAAUGCUAUUUAUUAUGUAUAAAUUAAACUAACCUUAAUAUUAAUAAGUAGAAUAAAAAAUGUGAAAUGUAUUAUUUGACUUAGGGAGUAAUGCCAUCAUUUGGGCCGUACUUCAAGUAAUCUGAAAGCAACCAAUCAUUCAUAUGUAAGAAUUUAGCUCACUUGUAUAAAUAACUCUAGUAGAACUUUAUCUCAGUUAGUAGAAGUACAAUGACUUGCCAUUUCGAUUGUUGUGGUAUAAUAUCCUGUAUUAGGUAUGAGAAAGUAAUUUAUUGAACAUCCUUGACAGUUUACGUACUACAAAAAUGAAUAUAUUUUAAACCAUUUGCAGCACAGACCAGCAGUGUUGCAAAUUUUGAAUUCUCUAAAGUGUGUUUUAUUUUCCUGAGUUAUGGUUGCUAAGAGGCUGUUUUGUUUGAAAUGUAAAAGGUUGUGACUCUAAAGCAUUUUUGCUAUACAAGCCAUUCUGGAUGUUCCUUGUAGCAAUUCUAAAUGAUAAUGUAGACAUCUAGUAGUCAUACUGCUGAAAGAUUGCAGGGGGGGCAUCUCAGAUGUCUUUGUUCUGUUUUUCAUUUAUUAUCCACAUUACUACAUAGUCAGAUCUGCUUUGCAUUUUUUGCAAUAGCAAUUUUUAUGUAUGUUGUUUCCUGGUGAUCUAAAAUAAAACAUCAUCAACAUAUGUAGUAUAAAAGACUUUUAAGUAUGGUAAGAAGCAUUUUUGUGAUAAACUUGUUGUAAAGUUUUUGAAAUAUUGCUUUGUACAUAGAAUAUAUUGUAUGUACUGUCCAAUUUGUCAGCUUGUGUAAGUAUAAAAGCACCAUGCUUCUACUAAAUACUCCACUUGCCUUUAUUUAAUGAUUUAUUACAAAUCUGUCAGAUGAUGAGUGUGCUUUAAAAUGUGCUUUGAGUUAUUUUAAGCGAGUUUGUUAUCACUGUCAGACUGAAAAUGUAUUUUACUAAUAUACAUGUCUCUGUUUAUAAAUGUAUCAAUAAGAUUGUUUAAAGUGACUACUACUAAGCUCUUGACAUUUGUUUUUAUUUCUAUAACACAGGCGCUACAGUAGACUCAUGUUUUAAAAUCUAUACUUUACUCUCAAAUACAAUCAUUUUCUUAAAGAUACUUGCUUUUUGUACCAUCUGAUAUAUAUUAUCUUGCUUUAUGUAGUACCCUUUCAAGCAGAAAAUCCAAUUCUAAUUUAAUAGCCUUCUGAAACUGGAUACAAGCUAUAGUUACUGUACUUGAAAAUAAAAAUAACACAGCAAAUCAAAAGUGCAUUUGAAAUUAAUGCACUCUAUUAGAAAUGGAUAUUGUCUAGUAGAUCUCAGUUUAUUGUACCACUGAAUAAUACUAAUCUGAAGAUAAUAUUUAAUACUUGUAAAAUGCACUAGAAAGCCAUUGCUGUUUGCUGAAUGCACUAUAACAUUCCUAUGAUCAGGACAAUGCUAACAGUUUUUUUUUUCAUUGUUUUUAAAUAACCUGCUGUUCUAAAGGCAAUAAUCAAAGUGGUUAUAGUCCUAUGUGAUUCAAUUUGGCAUCUCUUCUAAUGACAGAAAAUAGGCAUUUUAAUUUUAGAUAGUUGUAGAGUAAUGUCAUUUUUUUUUCAUUUGAGAGAUUGUUGUAAAUUUAGCUGCGUUUUGUUAGCUUCUUCCAGGAAUAAUUGACAGACAGUUUUUAUAAAGGUUGCAGUGGCUUGUGUUAUUUUACUUUGGGCAUCUUGUAUGCAUAAACUUUAAUUAGAUUUUUGUUUAUGUUGCAUGGACUGUUAACAUAGGAUCUGGGAUUAUAUAGCUAUGUUCAUUGAUGACAUUAUACAACAAUAACCCAUGUUGCAAGUCUGGGUCCUUUUAAUUUGCACAAGCUAAUGCAAUGAUUUUUAAUGGUAAUUUUAUAGAUGGCUGUCUAAUUUCAGUAAGUUGCUGUUCUGGGAAUAAUAAUGCUGUAUAAAUUAUACUUUUUUGUUUAAGAAAUGUGUUCAGUAUUGGCUGAUACUAGAAAGUACUAUUGUAAAACAAAUCAGUUGUAUACUUCAUUAACUGUUUUCAUGCCCAUCACAACAAUUUUUUUCUUAUUUUUGCCAUGUUAAUCCUGAUGUCUAUUUUCUAGUGGGCUGUUUGAGUUUGCAUUUUCCAUUGCAGGAAUGACCAGGGAUAUUUAGGUGAAUGGAAUUCAUUUGGGGGUUGCUUAAGAAAAAUAUUUUGGCAAAAAAAAAAUCAUACAUUUGUAUUAAAUACAUUUUGCUUGUGGUUGUAGUGCAGUGUUGCUAUCCAUUAAUAAACUUGUUUUUAUCACUGUC